UAAAAGGAGGGAUACCUGAAUCUGGCAAAGUCAUUCAGCGAAGUAUCUGACAUGAGAGGGAGUAUUUCCAAAUGAGUAAAUCAGUUGUUUGAGAGAGUGUGUGUACAACGGAACAUUCAGAACUGAAGUCUUGGGUGGGAGGAGGCAGCUCUUGUGAAGAUCUGAGCUCUGUUGUGGCAGCCACCCAAGCAGCAUGAGCACAGGGAAUUCUGAGGAAAGGAGUAGGAAACAGAACAGCAACCGGUUUCCUGCUGCAGUGCAAAGCUUAACGCAUAGUGAUAAUGGGGUUUCAAUUUCCUUCUUUUUUUUAAUUUUCUUUUUUUUUUUUUCCUGAUUAAUUCCUAAUUAGAUGGGUUCUUCACAGCACAGCUGCAUGACCCUUAUAUCAGCAACUGUAUUAGCUGAACAUAUGAGGUCACAUCCUCUUGGUCUGUGUGUUUUUUUCCAAGUGCUUAGACUGCGUUAUUCACAUUUCUCUUCAGAAAAAGCGCUAGGCCACGGAGUUAGAGGUACUCUUAGAGACACUAAUCUCUUGAAAAUCUUGUCCAGCAGAGCAGUGACUUCUGUGAUAGCUUGAAAGCAGGGACAGAUCACGACAGUUGUCCAGGGAGAGCAGGCUCUGACAGAGAUGAGACUGUCCAGGAUGCCCAGCUGCCUGCUAAAACCGAACAUGGUGCUGCUGAGCCACAGGCUUGGGGCUCUGUUUAUCCUCACCGUUUCAUUUGUGUUCUUUGCCUCUGUCAUGUUCUACUGGAGAACUGGGCAGGAUGCUGAGGGCCAGCUCUACAACUUCUCUACACAAAGCAGGUAUGAACAGGUUUUGCCUUCCCUUCCCCCUCCUGCUGCCCGUGGCUCCCCUCCUUCCCUAGGGGAUGUGCUUUUUGUGGAGACCUCGGAGCGGAUGAACCCGAGUUACCUCUUCGUGUGCUCUGUGGAGUCAGCGGCCCGGGCACACCCUGGGACAAGGGUAGUGGUGCUCAUGAAAGGUUUGGCAAAUGGUAACACCUCGCUACCCAACCACUGGGCCUUCUCCUUGCUGAGCUCCUUCCCCAACGUGGAAUUCCAGCCCCUGGACUUGCGGGAGCUUUUCUCUGGAACACCUCUGGCAAAGUGGUACCUGCAGGCUCAGCAGCGCUGGGAGCCUUAUUUCUUACCUGUCCUGUCCGACGCCUGCAGAAUUGCCAUCAUGUGGAAAUUUGGUGGCAUCUACCUGGAUACAGACUUCAUUGUGCUCAAGAACUUAAAGAACCUCACCAAUGCCCUCGGUAUGCAGUCUCAGGAUGUACUGAACGGGGCCUUUCUGUCCUUUAAGCCCAAACACAAGUUCAUGGAGCUCUGCAUACAGGACUUUGUGGAUAAUUACAAAGGCUGGGUCUGGGCACACCAGGGCCCACACCUCCUAACACGUGUCUUCAGGAAGUGGUGCUCCAUCAGUAACAUCCAGAAACCUAUGAGCUGCAAAGGAGUGAGUGCUCUUCCCCAAGAAGCCUUUUAUCCCUUUUGCUGGGAGGACUGGCAUAAGUUAUUUGAAGCCAUCAGCUCCUCGGAGCUUCACAGGCUCCUUAAAAACACCUAUGCAGUGCACGUGUGGAACAAACUGAGCCAUGGGACAAGGCUAGAGAUCACGUCGCAGGCUUUGCUGGCUCAGCUCUAUUCUCAGUUCUGCCCUGCCACAUCUGUGAAGAUGAAGAACGACUCUGACACGCGGUCAAGGCCUGCAGCCUGACCUGCGGCCCCGGGCGGCAGGGAGCGCCUUUCACCUUCCAUGGACCCAGUGUCUAGCCCUCGGAGCAGGUAUUCUGUGUGACAGAUCAGUGAUUUUGUACCACUUCUGGUAACUGCCUCACAUCCUACGUGCUUCAAAUAUACACCAGAGCCUGUGUUCAGACUCUUGCGAUCCUUCAGCAGCCCAUGAGGCUGCAGGGAAGGUAAACCUGUUCAUCAUCGGUUGUUCCUCUUUGCUGUUCUCUCAAGUGCUCCAUCUGUGUAUCAGGUCUGAAAGGCCUCUCCUGUUGUUUCAACAGCUGUAGGCAUCCUUGGUUUGCUCUCUGUAACAUUGCUAACUCUGUAAAUAAAUGCUAGCCGGGUGCCAUAGGCCACGGGUUACUGGAGCUUAGGACCAAAUUCCCUGGGUGGUGAAGUGUAUGAAAAUUGCUGUAAGAAACGUAAAACAUUUUAAAUCUCUGUGUGGCUCAGUGUACAGUUUUUCUUUCUUUCCAAAAGUACUUUAUUUCAAAUGAUCUUUUCUACUGUUUUACAUUCCACAGUAACAGGCUGAGUUUUAUGGUCAUUUUCAGGAAGAAAAAAGCAGUUGUGUUACAGGUGUGAGUAAAGAUCCUUGUUUGGUUAAAGAAAUGCUUGUGAGAUGUGCAUAUCUAACCAGACUUUGUCACACUCUCAGAGGGUCUCAGCAUCUGCCUGUUUCUGCAUUGGUAUGAGGAGGAAAAGCAUUACGUUCCCUUCAUUGUGCAAGAACAGGGGCAGACGUGCCCGUAUCAGCAGGAGGACCAGGGACCAGGUCCAGGACUAGGACCAGUGUCCCCAGAGACGUCUCCUAACUGUCACUGGGGCUGUAGU